AGUUUCCGCUUUCUAGAAUAUUCGGCGCUCGAUAAAAGCCGACGCGACGCGCCACUAUUGAAUACUCACCUCUGUGACUGCGUGCUGAGCGGUUCGUUGUUUCGCGACUGAUUUUCUCCCCGCGUACACCGUACGUCUACGUUCGAAUUUGCAGUGUGAUUCUGUGGCUCGUACGUUCGGCGUCUGUAGUGUUCUAUUCACCGAUCUGCAUCUCGUCCGACUGAUAUCGCAAGGAUGCCCGAAGACGUGAGCAUGACGGAUGCCGGCGAGGUGGAGACCUUCGCCUUCCAGGCCGAGAUCGCCCAGUUGAUGAGUUUGAUCAUCAAUACCUUUUACUCGAACAAGGAAAUCUUCAUCCGAGAAUUGAUUUCCAACUCGUCCGAUGCGUUGGACAAGAUCCGCUAUGAAUCACUUACGGAUCCAUCAAAGCUGGAUACCUGUAAGGAACUAUUCAUUAAAAUUAUUCCGAACAAGAACGAUCGUACCCUGACAAUUCUUGAUUCUGGCAUUGGCAUGACUAAGGCUGAUCUUGUAAAUAACCUGGGUACAAUCGCCAAGUCAGGCACAAAGGCAUUCAUGGAGGCCCUGCAAGCAGGCGCUGAUAUUUCCAUGAUUGGACAGUUUGGUGUAGGUUUCUACUCGGCGUACCUCGUAGCUGAUAAAGUCAUCGUAAUCUCCAAGCAUAACGAUGACGAGCAGUACUUGUGGGAGUCUUCUGCUGGUGGUUCGUUCACCGUUCGUCCUGAUAACGGCGAACCUAUUGGACGAGGCACUAAGAUCAUCCUGCACAUCAAGGAAGAUCAGACGGAAUACCUCGAGGAGUCGAAGAUCAAAGAAAUCGUCAAGAAGCAUUCUCAGUUCAUUGGCUAUCCCAUUAAACUUGUCGUCGAGAAGGAACGAGACAAGGAACUGAGUGAGGACGAGGAGGAGGAGCCCGCAAAGGAGGGUGAGACAGAGGAUGAGAAGCCCAAGAUUGAGGAUGUCGGCGAGGAUGAGGAAGAAGAUAAACCUAAGGAUGAGAAGAAAAAGAAGAAGAAGACCAUCAAAGAAAAAUACACCGAAGACGAGGAGUUGAACAAGACGAAACCGAUCUGGACGAGAAAUCCGGAUGACAUUACGCAGGAGGAGUAUGGCGAGUUCUACAAGAGCUUGACCAACGACUGGGAAGACCAUCUGGCUGUGAAGCAUUUCUCGGUUGAAGGACAGCUUGAAUUCAGAGCUCUUUUGUUUAUCCCACGUCGCGCGCCCUUCGACUUGUUUGAGAACAAGAAGAGGAAGAACAACAUUAAACUGUAUGUGCGUCGCGUCUUUAUUAUGGACAAUUGCGAGGACUUGAUCCCAGAAUACCUGAACUUCAUCAAGGGCGUCGUAGACAGCGAAGAUUUACCCCUGAACAUUUCUCGUGAGAUGCUGCAACAAAAUAAGAUUCUAAAGGUUAUCAGAAAGAAUCUUGUCAAGAAAUGCCUGGAACUCUUCGAGGAAUUGUCAGAAGACAAAGAGAAUUACAAGAAGUGCUACGAGCAAUUCAGCAAGAAUUUGAAACUGGGUAUCCACGAAGAUAGCCAGAAUAGAAAGAAGCUGUCGGAGCUGUUGCGUUAUCACACUUCUGCAUCCGGCGACGAGAUGUGUUCGCUCAAGGAUUAUGUUGGUAGAAUGAAGGAGAACCAGAAGCACAUUUACUACAUCACUGGCGAGAGCAGGGAGCAGGUAGCCAACAGUUCGUUUGUGGAGCGCGUGAAGAAGCGUGGCUUCGAGGUCGUCUACAUGACGGAGCCCAUCGAUGAGUAUGUCGUUCAGCAAUUGAAGGAAUUCGAUGGAAAGCAGUUGGUGUCUGUCACAAAGGAGGGUCUGGAAUUGCCAGAGGAUGAGGAGGAGAAGAAGAAGCGCGAGGAGGAUAAAGCCAAAUUUGAAAAUCUUUGCAAAGUUAUGAAGGAUAUCUUGGAUAAGAAGGUAGAGAAGGUGGUAGUAUCCAACAGGUUGGUCGAUUCUCCUUGCUGCAUCGUCACGUCGCAGUACGGCUGGACGGCAAACAUGGAGAGAAUCAUGAAGGCACAGGCACUCCGUGACACGUCUACCAUGGGAUAUAUGGCUGCGAAAAAACAUCUCGAGAUCAACCCCGAUCAUCCUAUCAUGGAGAAUCUGAGGCAAAAGGCUGAGGCCGAUAAGCACGACAAGUCUGUCAAAGAUCUAGUCAUGUUGUUGUUCGAGACUGCUCUCUUGUCGUCCGGCUUCGCGCUCGAGGACCCGCAGGUGCAUGCAUCUAGAAUAUACAGAAUGAUCAAGCUCGGUCUGGGCUUUGACGACGAAGAUACGUCGAACGCUGAAGACGAGAAGAUGGAUAUGGAAGUGCCCACGUUGGAGGGUGACACGGAAGAGGCGUCGAGGAUGGAGGAAGUAGAUUAAGCUUUAAAUUAAAUCGCAAGAAUUGUGAAAUAUUAAUAAGUCUCAAAUCCAAAGACUUUAGACCCCGCGAAACGAGAGACUGUUUUUAGUUUUAUUUAUUGUCUCGAGUGUUCUCAUCCAUUUUUUUUUUUUGUUUAUUUUGGUCCUUAUUUGCCGGUGAGAUAUGUGUCAUGCAUACUUAGAGCAAAUGAGCAUCUGUAUUAACUUUACAGAAUAUUGAACAGACUUCUGAAUUCUGUUUUCCGCACACAAUUCUAUCGACAAGCAAAGACCAGUUCGCCGUUUAAUUAUGUUAAACCAUGCAUUCUCUUACAUUUUACAUACCGAUUCGUUUUUCACUUCACAAUAACAUUCUUUCGUAUUUUUGCGUAUUUCAUACUUACAUCAUUCCAUCGAUAUCACCUCAAAUUAGUUGAUAGAAUAAACAUGUAAACAUGCGCAGUAAAAUAAAAGGAAUCGUAUUUAAUCAA